GCGUGUGUGAGCGCGCGCGUGUGUUCUUCUUCUGCUUGGGGAUUUCAAUUCUUCUUCUUCUUCUUCUUCUUCUUCGGUCUGAAGGACGAAAACCCAUCGGAAGAAAGGCUCCGGCAGAGAGAGAUUCAUGCACAGAGAAAUCUAGCCUCAACAGCGCAAGUCGUGUUCGAUCUGACGUGCUAAUUCACAUUAACGCCGGGUUCGGUUUUGAGGAGGCUUAGGUUCUUGGAAAAUUCGGGGUGGCAGUGUGGAGGGUAGCCAAAAUGAUGAGGCUGCGAACCUAUGCGGGGUUUAGCUUUGUGGCUACGCUGAUGGUUAUAUACCAUGCGUUUCACAGCAGGGGCCAGUUUUACCCCGCAAUGGUGUAUUUAUCGACGUCCAAGAUCAGUUUGGUGCUUCUUCUGAACAUGGGUCUGGUUAUCAUGUGUAUUUUAUGGCAAUUAACGAAGCGGGUCUUCCUUGGAUCUCUGCGUGAAGCCGAGGUUGAGAGGCUGAAUGAGCAAUCGUUCCGGGAAGUGAUGGAAAUACUGUUUGCAAUCACCAUCUUCCGGCAAGACUUCUCUGUCACAUUUCUGGCUAUGGUCACGGCCCUUCUGUUAAUUAAGGCUCUGCAUUGGUUGGCUCAGAAGAGGGUUGAGUACAUUGAAACAACGCCAUCUGUUUCUAUGUUGUCUCAUGUCCGGAUCGUGUCUUUUCUGGGAGUCCUCCUUCUCAUAGACAGCCUCUUUUUGUACAAUUCUGUUAAGUUUUUGCUAGAAACGCGACAAGCUUCGGUUUCUCUUUUUUUUGCAUUCGAGUAUAUGAUACUUGCAACGACGACGGUGUCAACAUUUAUCAAAUAUGUUUUCUAUGUCAGCGACAUGCUUAUGGAAGGGCAGUGGGAAAGAAAGGCAGUUUACACCUUUUACUUGGAACUUAUUCGUGACUUGCUGCACUUGACCAUGUAUAUGUGCUUCUUUCUAGUCAUCUUUGUGAACUAUGGCGUGCCUUUGCAUUUGAUUCGGGAGCUCUAUGAAACAUUUCGCAACUUUAAGGUUCGCGUUGCAGAUUACAUACGAUACCGAAAGAUAACGUCAAAUAUGAAUGAUCGUUUUCCAGAUGCAACGCCCGAAGAGCUAAAUGCAAGUGACGCAACCUGCAUCAUUUGUCGUGAGGAGAUGACUAUAGCCAAGAAAUUAAGUUGCGGGCAUCUGUUUCAUGUGCACUGUCUCCGGUCAUGGUUAGAGCGACAGCACACAUGCCCUACUUGCAGAGCCCUUGUUACACCACCUGAAAGUGGGACUACUGCUUCUGGAUCACAGGCAGACUCUCAUCAGCAAGGUACAGGGACAACAAGUACUUCUUCCCAGGGUUCAGCUGGAGACUCAGCAAAUGAAACUAUCAGCCAGCAUCAGGCCAGACUCCAAGCUGCUGCUGCCGCUGCCUCAAUAUAUGAGAGAUCUAUGGUUUAUCCUUGUCCAAAUACAUUAGUGUGGUCCCCAGGAUAUGCUCUACUUCCCCAAGCAUAUGGACCUCAGGCUGACACUAUCAAUACAGAUUCUAGUGGAGAACCAUCAUCAGCUGGAAGGCCGCAACAGCUUCCAUUUGCAAUCCACAGUGGUCCUGCCCCCAUUUCCUUUCCUCAGUCUUCUCACUCCAGUUUCAUUCCUCUUCUUUUUCCUGGUGCGGAUGUGAACUAUGGAGAGAGAGCUGGCAUAAAUCUAAGUGCACCAGACUCUCAGUUAGAUGUGCAGAAAAGAAUUCUUCAGAACCAGAUUGAGGUCUUGCAAAACCAGCUCCAGCUUGUGCAAAAUUUAAAAUCUGAAAAAAGCGUGGACAUUGGUGUGACAGCUACUUCAGACGGCCAAGACACGACAGUUGGAUCAUCAUCAUCAGCUGUUCCGGGUAGUGAUCCGCAUGGGGAGAUUGAAGGGGCAUAGAAGAUUUAACUUGCCUUUGCAUGAACGUGGACCUAUUAGAGUGACUAGCGGCUGUGAAUAUAGGCCAAAAAGAGGGAAAAAAUGUGACUGGCAUGUCAGUUUUGCAAGUCAUGGUGGGUAUAGUUUUACCAGUUCUGGAGGUGUUGUACCCCUGUUAUCAUGUAGUCUAUUCCUUAUAUUACAGAGAAGUCAAGGCGAAUGAAAAAUAAUGCCCAUUGCAGGAAACAAUACAAGUUGUGCAUGUUUGAUGUUUAGACGUGACAUACCCCUUAGCUGUCUUCUGAUGUUUUCGGUCUCCUUUUUCCUCAUAGCUGGCAGGACUAUGGAGAGUAUUUGAAACAUUACUCCUUAGAUCCUAGUAGAGAUGAUAGCUUUUCACCUUUUAUUUUCCUCAGUUUAAUUCAUUUCAAGAAACUCUAUUUUGAACUUGCA